AUGAUGAUGAACAGCCGCUAUGAGAUGGUAUUCCCGCUACGAAAAAAAAGUGAAGUCACGAAAGCAUUUAAAAGGUACUGUCACGAUAUCAAAAUCGACUGCGGCUUAGACGUGAAGGCACUACGCAGUGAUAACGGCGGUGAGUACCUUAAUGACGAGAUGACUCGAUUCUGCCAUCAAGAGAUGAUAAAGCAAGAGUUCACAGUGCCGUAUAAUCCGAAGCAGAAUGGCAUGGCGGAGCGGCUUAAUCGCACACUAGGCGAGAUGACGCGCUGUAUGCUGAGCGAAUCCAAGAUGGAUAAAACAUUCUGGUGUGAGGCGAUGCUGACCGCUGUGGAUAUUCUCAACGUUCUUCCACGAGCUUCAAGUCCGAACCUGAGCCCGUUCGAGAUGGCGUUCAAGCGCAAACCUCGUAUGGAUAUAAUGCGCGUAUUUGGAAGUCUUUGCUACGCGCAUAUUCCCAAACAGAAUCGAAACAAGUUGUACCUCUCCGGUGUGCGGUGUAUCAUACUCGGAUACGCCAAACAACACAAAGCGUAUCGACUUCUGAAUACAGCGACUGGAAAAGUGUUCGUUUCCCGGAGUGUGACUUUUGUGGAAACUGCGGUGGAACAGACACGCAAAGAAGAUACGCCUAGUGUAAUUGACGUCGUUGGCGAUGGCGAAGAUAUGCAGGAUCCAAGGGACCACGCAAUAAGCGAUGAGGGAACCUGCACGCCGGUACCAGGAAGUCCGAUUAUGACACCAAAUACACGCAAGAAGCAAGCAAUCAAGCGCUACGAGCAAGAGUUUCCCAAUCUACGGCGAGGAACCUUCAACCUUGACGACUAUGACGCUAGCUACGCGACACAGUACUGUUUGAGCGCCAAAGAGGAUGUUGAAAGCGCAUCGACAUACUCUCAAGUGUUAGAAAGCAAGCACAAGGACGACUGGAUACGUGCAAUGAAAAGUGAGAUUCAAGCUUUGACACAGCACGACACAUGGACGCUUCAAGAUUUACCCUCGGACAAAAGAUCAAUAGGGUGCAAGUGGGUAUUUCGCAUAAAACGCAAACCUAACGGAGAAAUCGUGAAGUUCAAGGCACGACUCGUAGCGAAGGGAUUCACCCAGCGUCCUGGUGUGGACUAUUUUGAGACGUUUUCUCCAGUAGCACGAGAAGAGUCAAUCAACGUUGCUAUAGCACUUGCGGCGGAGCAAGAUUUGAUAAUGGAGAACGUUGACGUUGACACCGCUUUCCUCUACGGCGAAGUCAAGGAAGAGAUCUACAUGGAUCAGCCGGAUGGAUUUGUUGACAAGCAACACCGUGACAAGAAGUGUCAUGAAGAAUGGAUCGGAAGGAUGAGUAGCAACGGUAGGAACGAGUUGGCACUCAAACAUAAUUCACUUUUGGUUUUGCUGCUUCGACCAACAGUCAUCUUCACUUCAACGCUCUGCUAA